UUUUACCAAAUAAAGUGGUAUUCAAUGAAAUGAACCUCAUGCGACUGUAUAAUUAACGGGGUAGCAUCAAAAGGCACAUAGUUAAAGUCCAAAACUGUUACCUUUGUUUUGUUUUCGUGCCAUCACCCAGGUAAAUUUUUUUGUAAACACUUUCGGGACAAAAACACUUUCAAUUGUUUACUAUUCAUGAAUAGAGAGAUAUAGCAUACAUUGUCAGGUUAAUGUCUCCUUUAAACACUGAUCCAAGAAGUGUGGAUCCAAAAGAAUUGGAUAAGAGAAUUUCAUAUGAUGAAAUUCAAGACAGGUGGUCGUUUAAGGAUGAUAAUGAUCAUUAUGAAUACAACACCGUAUUGAACAAAUGGAUCUCGAUGGAUAAUAUAGACUCGAGCAAUCACCAGGAAUCCCUGAUCGAGUUGAAGAAGCGGAAACUACAACAGAUGAAAGAGGAAAAAUUGGCGAAGAAGAAACAAAGAAUCAACACUGGUGUCUACGUCUCCAACUUACCACUAGACUGCGAUUCUGUCGAGCUGAACCAGUUGUUCUCCAAGUACGGUGUUAUAUCUCAAGACCUAUUGACAAACAAGCCAAGGAUAAAGAGGUAUGUUAAUUCUAAUGGUCAGUUCAAAGGGGAUGCCCUCAUAGUGUAUCUCAAGCCUGAAAGUGUUGACCUAGCUAUUCAGAUGCUUGAUGAUGCACCUAUACGAGUUGGGGAUAAUAGCAACAGAAUAAAAGUGGAAAAGGCGCAGUUUAAACCUGAAAAUGACACCGAUGAUACAUCCACCCCCAAGGAACGAAGAGUGUUAGACGAUAAGGAGCGUGAGCUCGUAAAGAAGAGAUUAAGACAGCUGAAUAGCAGGAUUGAGAAUUGGCAAGGUGACGAUGACAAUAACGUUAACUUGAAAUGGCAAAAAACCAUGGUGUUGAAAAGGGCAUUUACACUUGAUGAAUUGAAGGAGGAUCCUGAAGUGCUCCAAGAUAUCGAAGAAGACAUCAUGGAAGAAUGCGGGAAGUUUGGUAAGGUUGAAAAGAUCAUUGUCUUCGACCUCGAAGAAGAAGGUGUUGUGCUUGUUAGGUUCACAGAACCAGACUCAACAACAAAGUGCAUUGAAAAGAUGGAUGGAAGAUACUUUGCAGGACAGAAACUAAGCGCAACAAGAUACAACGGAGAACACUUCAACAAAUCACAUGACAACAACAGCUCAACACAGCUCGCUACAGAUUCACACGAACCGGAUGAUAACGAAAGACUUCAACAUUUCAUUGCAACCUCAUAGUCUUGUCUGGCCCAUCUGCCCCUACCCUUCAAAUGAAAACCAUAAUAGCUGAACCCAUAAUCUCCAUGAUGUACCAGGACACAUAUAUACAUUACUAAGAUCUUAUGUAAUCGUACUGAAUUUUCUUCUUCUUUUUGUCGUGUUUUUUUUUUUGUCCGCUG